UUUGAGAGCGCGGAGGGGAGCUCUGCGAUCGCAGGUGCGAUGGUGCCUCGCCAGGCGCCUCUGUGGGUCCUGGGGGUGGCGGCGGCCGUCCUGUGGGGGAGCUGCUGCGGCUCCUCCUCACACUCUCUGAAGUAUUUCUACACUGUCGUGUCAGACCCCAAUCAGGGGCUAACCCAGUUUUUCCGAGUGAACUACGUGGAUGAGCAGCCCGUCACGCACUAUGACAGCAACACCAGGAAAUUACAGCCUCGAAUCCCCUGGAUCAAGGAGGUGCAGAAGGAGGACCCCCAGUACUUGGCCUGGACAACCAGGAGGGUCCGCGGCCAUGAGGUGGCAUUCAAAGCAGACUUGGAGACCACAAGGAAUCGCUACAAUCACAGCAAGGGGCUUCACAUCUUGCAGGUGAUGAUUGGCUGUGAGCUCCGGGCAGAUGGGAGCAAAGAAGGGUUUUGGCAGGAUGCUUACGACGGGAGGACCUUCCUCACCUUCGACAAGGAGACCCUCACCUGGCUGGCAGCUGAGCCCCAGGCCCAGGCCCUCAAGAGGAGGUGGGAUGCCGAGGCUGCCUAUAACCGGUACCGGAGGUCCCACUUGGAGGAGACCUGCAUCAAGUGGCUGCAAAUGCACCUGUCCCACGGAAACAAGACACUGCUGAGGACAGAGACCCCAGUGGUGACAAUGAGCAGCAGGCCAGAGGCCAAUGGCAUGGAAGUUCACAUCUGCCGAGUCCACGGCUUCUACCCCAAGGAGAUCGAUGUCUCCUGGAGGAGGGAUGGAGAGGUUUGGUUGCAGGACACCUCCCAAGGGGUUGUUGCCCCCAAUUCGGAUGGAACUUACCACCUCUGGCUCAGUGUCCAGAUUGACCCCAAGGAGAGGGACCACUACCGGUGCUAUGUGGAGCAUGACAGCUUGCAGGAGCCUCUGAAUGUGGCUGUGAAGGCUGCAGAAUCCAACUUGGAGCUGGUCAUCAGCUGUGUUUUGGCUGCCCUUGUCCUGGUGUCUGUGAUUGCUGUGAUCUUGGGGUAUCUCAAGAAACGUAAAGGUGGCUACAGAGCAGCCUCAGAUGGUGAAGGAUCCAAAGGCUGAGUCCAGGGAGCACCAAGGCCAUUUAGCAGCCCCCUCACAGGUGAGUGGCCCUGGUGGGGGCUGUUUUGGGGAGGGAGAGAGGGGGAUCAUGGCCGUGAGCUCAAAGGACCGAUUGAUGGUGAAGAUUCUUUGGGGAAACCCUCUUCUCUUUCCAACUCAUCUCAAGCACUGAAGGGUGAGGAGUUUGGGGGAGAGACAGUGGGGCUCUGGGAGGGGUCUGCCUUUCCCCCUCCUCCCUGGGCUGCUUCUCCUUUCCCUCCCUAUAUUUGGAGGAAAUGGCAGGUAACAGAAAUAGAAGAUGCCCUGGCUACUCUGUGCAUCCUGUUGUCUUUCUUGUCUCCUUCCCAAGAACAGGAGGUGGUGCUGGGCAUCUUUAAAGGGCCAGAGUGUGGCACCUUCCACUGUCUGAUUGGUUGGGAUACAAUAGGAAUGGUUGCUUAAUUUCUUCUCUUCUCUCAUUUUUAAGCAAUAAGUGAAGAGUUCAGCUUAAUGAAGAUUUCUAUACUGGUGUGUGUCCUGGCUACAAAGGAUAUGGCACAGAGUUAGAAGAUUCUUCUUUGUGGACUUAUUUUGAGAACCCAAAUUUGGAAUAAGUUGCUGCUUAUAAUAGAUUCAUUUAGACUCCAGAUUCUUUGGUGCUUCAUGGCAAUGUUGGACAUAAUUGGAAAUGUUCAGAACAAAGCUUUAAAUUGUAUUUAACAGCAGCAGGGCAGAAUUGUGAUUUUGCGGGAGGAGAUGCUUGCUGUUUAUAACGUGCUGCUGUUUUCAAAUGUGGAAGGUCCUAGAAACAUUGAAGAAGUUCUCAGCAAUUUAGAAAGUAUUGCUUCCUACAUAAAGUUCUGUGUUUGAAUGUUAAUUUGGACUUAAACUGUGUUUUCUAUCAAUGAAAAAUUUGAACUUAAGCCUAAAUUUGAGACUCUACUGAAGGAAAUGAUUAGAGACAAUUUUGUCUUUAGCAUUAAAGAACGUAUUUAAAAAGCAACUGUUAAAGAUCCAGACCUUUCACUUGAAAAAGCUUUGGAGAUCUAUCAUGGUUCAAUGAAACCGCUCAGCUUCUAACUGUGAUCGCUUUUUGCCUUUCUGAUAAAGAGAUAUGAACCAUUUGCAUGAAGGAGAAAGUGUGUGAAGGGCUAUCUCACAAGGAAGCAGAAGACUGGAUGAUGAAACUGAGCUCAACACAGCGACCAUGUUUGUGCCUCAAAAACAUCUUGUAUGCGGAUGAUACAACUGUCAUUGGUCUAAUUCGAAAUGGAAAUGAGUCAGCAUAUAGACGGGAGGUUCAACAACCGGUUUUGUGGUGUGGUUGUAAUAACUUGGAAUUGAAUACACUUAAAACUGUGGAGAUGAUUGUGGACUUUAGGAAGUAUCCUUCUAAUACUCCUCCC